UUUCUCUCUGAACUGGAAAAUUAAAGGCAAGAAAGAAAAGAAGAGCUGUAUAGAAGACGUAGAACAAGAUUGAAACUCGCCAGAAUUCACGCAUUCUGCCCAUAAAUUUUCUCAGAAUUCCAUGUCCUUCGAUAUUUAAAAUUCCUCUUCUCCCGAUCCAAGAUCCUUCCCCUUUCUUAAUCUAUACUCCAAUAAUACCUGCGCAUCACAUCACAGAACAAAACGUCUCCGUUUUUGCUUUAUCCAUCUGGAAAUUUCUCUGUUACAGGUUACUGAAGGCGAUUUCUUGUUUUUGAUCUAUGGCUGCUCUUAGUCUAAAUUUGGAAGCCAUUUUCGAUUAAAUGUUGUGAGAUUUUGUGAUUUGAUGGUCAUUUUCAGAAGGGGGGGUUUCAACCAUGGAAAUCAAUUAGUGUUGGAGAUUAUAGUUACUUCGUUUGAUAAUCCACAUGUCUCGCAUUUCGUUAUAGAGUGUACCUAAUUCGGAGCGGCAUGACUUUGGAUUCACCAAAUGGCGUUCCUGGAUUGGUCGCGUUACCGCGUUCGCUUUCUUCCUUGGCAGUCUCAGUUGGAGGCCUUGCCAUUUUCUUGGUUCUUGCUUCUUUGCUCAUGGUUUCUUACCCCAUUCGUUCCACCGUCCGUGGAUAUUUUUAUGGUGUUGACAACUCAAAUAAAUUGGCUUUGCCGGUCUUUCCUGGGAACGAAAGCCGUGAUAGUAAUGUAGACGUGAUUAAUAGUGAUUCUCCAUCUGGACCUAGUUUAGAAGUACCCAUUAGUUCUAGUGGUGUUAAUGAUAGUGUAGACAUAGACAAGAAUUCUUUGCCUUCGGAAUCUGAUCUACAAAUUCCCACCGCCAAUGCCAGACAAGCAGAGGGGGUCAAGGAGAAGGGGAGUCCAGUUGCUUACAGUGGUAAAGGAAAUGUUUUGUCUAAUAAUUCUGGUGGUGUAGAUAAAAGAUCAGUUCAAACUAGCCUGGCUAUUUCUGCUCCAGAUUCUAAAUCAGAGGCUAAGCCAGUUUUAUCUGAUGUUUCCAGCAAUGCAACCCCGAUUAGUUCAGAUGAUUCUGGUUGUGAUCUGUACCAUGGAAUUUGGUUGUUUGAUUCACAGGGACCAUCAUAUACAAACAACACAUGCCCUGUACUGACACAGAUGCAGAACUGCCAGGGGAAUGGGAGACCUGACAAGGAGUAUGAGAAUUGGCGUUGGAAACCAUCUCAAUGUCAACUUCCACGAUUUGAUGCCAAGAAGUUUUUGGAAUUGAUGAGAGGAAAGACCCUAGCUUUCAUUGGCGACUCUGUUGCCCGAAACCAGAUGGAAUCAAUGUUGUGCCUUCUCUGGCAGGCAAAAGUUCCCAAAAACCGUGGGAACAAAAGAAUGCAGCGAUAUCUCUUCAAGUCAACAUCUACCAUGAUUGUACGAAUAUGGUCCUCUUGGCUUGUUCACAAGACAUCAGAACCUCUUGACUUUGCUCCAGAAGGCAUUGUAAAACUCCACCUUGAUGCUCCAGAUGAGGAUUUCAUGGAAUUCAUCCUAAGUUUCAAUGUGAUUGUUCUUUCUUCUGGUCAUUGGUUUGCCAAACAAUCUGUCUAUGUUUUGAACAAUGAAAUUGUGGGAGGACAGUUGUGGUGGCCAGACAAGUCUCGUUCAAUGAAGGUUAACAAUAUUGAAGCAUUUGGAAUAUCUACCGAGACAAUUCUCACAUCUAUUAUUACCCAUCCAAAUUACACUGGGCUGACCAUUCUGCGUUCUUAUUCACCUGAUCACUAUGAAGGUGGGGCCUGGAAUACCGGGGGAUCAUGCACUGGAAAAGUGAAACCUCUUGCUCCAGGGGAAUUGGUGGAAAAUGGCUUUACAAAUAUAAUGCACAAAAAACAGGUAACAGCUUUUGAUCGUGCAAUUAAGAAGGUUACGAAUAAAUCAAAGUUGAGGUUGAUGGAUGUCACUGAACCCUUUGGUUAUCGCCAUGAUGGGCAUCCAGGUCCGUAUCGGAGUCCUGACCCAAAUAAAAUCACGAAACGUGGACCAGAUGGAAGGCCCCCUCCACAGGAUUGCUUGCACUGGUGCAUGCCUGGUCCUGUUGAUACAUGGAAUGAAUUUGUGCUUGAAAUUAUAAGAAGAGAAUUUGAGGGCAAUCGAAGCUCUUCGUCGUGAGAUUGUUGAUUUUCUGUUGCCAAACAGCUUGUGCUUCAUACUGGAAAGAUAAUUUGUUCAGUGAGAUUCAAUUUAUUGUAGGAUCAGGGUUAGCCUAGUCCUUAGGGAAAUAUGAAUGCAAUGUAUCUGGGAUUGAUCAGGAUAUGGUGUAUAAGGCCUCCAUGUUUGUUCAUCCGUCCAGAUGAGAGUAAUAUUUACUUGUAGAGAAAAUUGAGAGCUAUUUGUUGAAGAGGAUUGCUACAUGAAAAUUAAUAAAUUACAAGAUUACUUUUGAGUUUUCCUCA